AUGACAACUUUAAAUAUUAAUUAGCUGAAACUGAAUGCUCUCACAUAACCAACCUACUAAAAUAUCAGAGUCUCAAGGAAUGCUACUAGAUAAUAAUUAACUUAUAAUGGAUAUAGUCCCAAAUUAAAAGGAAGAAGUCCUAACUGUUCUUAAUAAUAUAUACCUACUUAAUAAUCUUAAAUAGGAUCACCACCUAAAGAAAAAUUAUCUUCUUUAAUCAAAAUAUCAUCAUCAGAAAGAAUUGGUUAUUCUUUUAAGAUUCCUACUUUAAAAAUUAAAUCAAAAUGUAUUCUAAAGAAACAUUCAACAAACCGUUUAGGAAUGAGUUCCUAUGAUAUCCAUCUAUAAUCAAAUCUCUAAUCUAUUUUUGUUUUCAAAGGAUCAAUUUAAGAUAUGAGUCAAUUCAAAGUCAUUCAAAUGUAAAGAUCUGAAUUACAAACUAAAUAAUAAUAAGAUAUUUAUCUAACAAGAUAAAAUUUAUUAUUAAAGAUGUAAAAAGGAUUAAAUGUCCCUAAAUUUUUCAAUCAAUUAUCUUUGGGAAACUAUGAAAUUAUAUAAUUUACAGAAGAAAUUCCAUUAAAUUGCAAUACUAUAAUAUUAAGUAAUACUAUUAAUAAAGACUUUUGGACAAUUAUCUUGAAUCAUCAUAAUUUAUUAUUCACUCUUGAUAAAUUUGUUAAACUUUUAACAAUAAUAAGCAAAAUCAAUGAUAUCUAAGAUCUUUAAAAAUUUAUUUUUGAUAAAGAUGUAUUUUAUACUUAUAUGGAAACUAAAGAUAUUAUCCCAGAUGAAUCUUUAUUAACAAUGAAAAGAAAUAGUGAUGCAAUGAAAGAAUAUUAUAAAAGUAUUCAUGUGUAUGAUCAUUAAAAAUAAAAACUAAUAGAUGAACCUACACAUGAAUUAUAUUCAGAUAGAAUAAUUAAUUAAACAGAAAUAGAAAAAGAAACAAUUCGAGAUUUUACUGUUGCUACUACUCAUCCUAAACCAUCCGAAUUCUAAACCAUUUUAGAAAAAGAAGGAUAUUAUAAUCCUAGUAAAAAUAGAUCAUCAAGUAGAUGUAAGUUAUUAAUAUUCUAAUAGAUCUUAAAUUACCAAAUUUUAAAACAUAAUAUAGUUAAAUUUUAAAAUAAUAAACCAUUAAACAAAAGAAUCAGUAUAAUUAUUUAUUGAUAACAGAAAUUAAUACACAAAUAUACCAGAUCAUAUUGCAAGAAAGCUUCCUCACAUGACUAAUUACAAUCUUCCUUAAUUAAUGUCAGAAACAGGAUUUGAUAGAUAAGAAAUAUAUGAAAUUUAUAGUAGAUACAAAGCUUUACUUAGUUAUGAAUGUUCAUUAAUCCCAGGAUUAACUAAAGAUAGUAAUUAUUUUAAAAUUUAUGAAGUGAUACCAAACGGAAUUUCAAGAGAAGCAUUUAAUGCUGGUCUUGAAGAAUUAUCAAUGGCACCUCCAGGAGUUGUAGACUAAAUUUUUAAAUUCUUUGCAAAAUAACAUACUUUAACAUUUGAAGGGUUUUUAAAAGCAAUUAAUUUAAUUAAAGCAAAAAGAAAUGAUAAUAAAAUAGAAUUAAUAUUAAAAGUAAUUUCUAUAUAAUAUUUAUUAGCUAAUUGAUGAAAAUGAGAAUGGAUCUUUAUCAUAUGAUGAAAUCAAGAAAAGAUGUAUUUUAAUGAUGGAAGAAAUGUUAAAAGAUUCCAAAGGUGAACUCAGUGUAUUAAAUAUGGUUGAAUAUGUUACAAGAUCAAUUUUUGAUGUUAAUACUAUAUGUAAAUAGUUAGGCAGUAAAAAUGAGCUACGAUUAAGAAAUUCCGAUUGAGAGAAUAAGAAAACUGAUAGAAAGUAAAACUCAUGAAGCUUAAGUUUUAAUUAUGAUGUGUUGUGGAGAUGUCAAUUAUUUGAAAUGA